GCCGUCGAGGGGCGGGCUAGCUGGCGGAUGUUGUGGACUUUGAGCCGCGGCCACCGGAGACGCCGGUCCAGGGCAGUCGCCUCCAGCCAGGGAGCUACCUUUCACCGAGGUGCCGGCUUGGCGGUGAGGGCGGCCUCUGCAGCAACUCUGCGUCUUUCCUCUCAAUGUCAGCGGACAAAGAGCAGCGCCGUGGAGCUGGUCGGAUGGAGGCCUUGAGAGAGAGGCCCGAGAACCGGCUCCAAACGGGUCACUGACGGCUCAAUGUCUGGCAUCAGAGGCCGUGAUCUUCGUUUAAUUGUAGUCCCAAACCAUGAAUUAUGUGGGGCAGUUGGCAGAGCAGGUGUUCGUUACUGUUAAAGAGCUUUACAAAGGACUGAAUCCAGCUACCUUGACCGGAUGUAUUGAUGUCAUAGUGGUGAGACAGCCAGAUGGAUCAUUGCUUUGUUCACCCUUCCAUGUUCGGUUUGGCAAGUUGGGUGUAUUACGAUCAAAAGAGAAGGUGGUUGACAUAGAAAUCAAUGGAGAACCUGUAGAGCUGCAGAUGAAACUUGGUCACAAUGGAGAGGCUUUCUUUGUGGAAGAAACGGAGAAAAAUGAGGGCAUUGUUCCCACACACUUAACAACGUCUCCAAUUCCUGUUGAAGGAGCUUAUUUUACAAAACAAACAGAUUUGGCUAUGAAUCAAAUUUUUCCAAGUCCAUUUACUGGGCAAGAAAUCGAUAAUACAGUAAAUAGCACUUCAACCAAAAAGAAAAGACGUCGCAGAAGGAAGCACAAACCAGAGAAUUCAAAGAAAGAUGAGCAGGAGUCCUCUUCUGAUGAGCAAGAUGUACCCGAGAUGGAUGUUAGUUCAGAAGACCAGCUACGAAGUGCUGCUGCAAGUGAAAUGUGUCUUUUAUUUUCUAAAUUACCUGAUGAAGAUUCAAACAUAUUCCAUUCAAGAGAAAUCUACCCAUAUUCAGAUGGUGAAUGGUCUUCUAUUGAGAGUCAUUCCUAUGACCGAAUGUCAUCACCAAAAAGUGACUCCGAAUUGGUUGUAAAGUCACAUGAAGGAUCCUUUUUAGGAACAGAGUCUCGGAUGCAGUGGGCAUGGGGUGGUUUUCCACAGAUGAGUAAAAUAGAAAAGUCUGAGCAACCAAGAGUGGCUACCAUUAUGCCUUCUGAGCAUACACAUUUCCGAGUCAUCAUGGACAAUGGUAUAGCAGAAACCACUACUUCGGGUUCCUCUGAAAUCAACAACACCAUAACAGUUUUCAAGCCACAGCCUCGGACCCAAAGAAGCCCCUUGCUUGAAACAUCUGCGGAACAAGCAGUUCCAUCCGAGGCUGAACCAGCAUUCCUAGGAGACAGCUCAUGGCCAUUGGAAGAACAAAAUGAAGUUGUGUCUUCUGUGACAAAUACUCUGGACCAAAGUUCACUUUCAGAAGCUGAAACAUCUAUGCCAGCAGAGGGAGGUGAAGUCUUUCAGGCAAUUUUGCAGCCAGAAACUGAAAAUCCACCUUUAGAAAGCAAUAACAGUCCACUGCAGCAGACAACACUCAGAGAUGAGAGUGCAAAAACAGAUGAAAUGGAUAAAAAGAAAGGUGGAUCUAAAAGAAGCCAACAUCUGGGUCCUUGUGAUAUCUAUUUGGAUGACCUACAAAAGCUGGAUCCUAACGUUGCAGCUCUGUAUUUUCCUAAGAGUGAACAAGAUUUGGGUUCUAAACUGUUGAAUGAAUCUGGCACACAUUCAGAGUCCCAAUCUCCACAAUCAGUAGGAAGUGCAGCUGCAGAUAGUGGCACGGAAUAUCUGUCCGAUUCAGCUAGUGAGCUAACCGAUGUACAUCUUUCCCUCUGUGGCGGUCUCAGUGAUAACAAUGAGAUAUCUCAAGGGAAAUUUGUCCAACAUAUGGUCACCUACCAAGAUUUGGUGGAAAAUCCUGGAAUAAUUGAUGAUCCAAAUCUGGUUAUUGGAAUCAAUAAAAAGUAUUACAACUGGGCUGUUGCUGCUCCCAUGAUUCUCUGUAUUCAAGCCUUUCAGAAAAGCUUACCCAAGGCUACCAUAGACAAGUUGGUAAAAGAAAAGAUGCCAAAAAAGACUGGUGGCUGGUGGUUCUCCUGGCGCAGAAAAAAUGCAGCGAAAGAGCCAGAAUCCGCUACCAAAAUGGGUGAAGAUCAAAGUCAAACAGGAGAUGCUAAACAGACUGGCUUAUUGGAAGGUUGCAGGCGUAAGGAAGAACUAACAUCUAGUGAUGAUGACUUCAGUACUAUUAAGGACCGUCCAAAGCCUAUUUCUAAAUGUCGAGAUUCGCCUUGUCCGAGCAGCACAGCAACAUACAAAAAAUCACUCCGAUUGUCCACUGAAAAACUGCACAGCCUUAAUCUGAAAGAUGGCCCAAAUAAUGCCGUGUUCAGUGUGACAACUCAGUAUCAGGGGACCUGUCGAUGUGAAGGUACCAUUUAUCUCUGGAACUGGGAUGAUAAGAUUAUUAUAUCUGAUAUUGACGGGACAAUAACAAAAUCCGAUGCUUUGGGUCAUAUUUUACCACAACUGGGCAAGGACUGGACUCACCAGGGGAUUGCAAAACUCUAUCAUAAGAUACACGAGAAUGGCUACAAAUUUCUUUACUGUUCUGCACGUGCAAUAGGAAUGGCAGAUAUAACCAGGGGUUACUUACACUGGGUUAAUGACAGAGGUACUGUACUUCCUAGAGGACCACUCCUGCUAGCUCCUAGUAGUUUAAUUUCAGCAUUACACAGAGAAGUAAUCGAGAAGAAACCAGAAAUUUUCAAAAUUCACUGCUUGAAUGACAUCAGGAAUCUAUUUAAUCCACACAGAUCCCCAUUUUAUGCUGCUUUUGGAAACAGGACUAAUGAUGCCUAUGCCUAUAAAGAAGUUAACGUGCAAGAAAGUCGAAUUUUCAUUGUAAAUCCAAAAGGAGAGCUAAUUCAGGAACAAACUAAAAGCAACAAAUCUUCGUAUUCACGAUUGGGUGAAUUAGUCGAACAUGUAUUUCCACUAAUAGCACAAGAAAGAAUCUCUGCUUUUGUUUACCCUGAAUACAGCCAUUUUGCAUUUUGGCGUGAACCACUUCUUCAGCUUGAUCUGGAUGAACUCAAUGAAUUUAAAAACACCAAAGAAUAAUAGACCUUGCAAAAACUCUGAACGAUUUUAGGCCUAUAAAAUUCUAUUAUAGCAUAUUAUGAGCUGUAACUUCUGAUUUGAAGGCCAUAGAUCUCAAAAUUGACUUAAAAUGCUAGUUGUAAAUAUUAAUCUGUGAAUUCAAGUGGAGUUUCAAUAGUUGCAACUUGUGAUGAGACUCGCACUGCUGUUUCCUCCAUCUCGCACUUUAAACAUUGAUAAUUUUAGGAAAACCCCUCAAAGAACUACAAUUAGUUUAUUGAUAAGUUGCAGUUGAUUAGAGAUUCCCUUUUGGCUUUGAAAGACAUUGCCCUGUGGUAUAGCACUUUCAACUAGAGAGAAUAGUUUUAUGACAUUCCUAAGAGGGUAGAGGUGGUAGAAAUCUUUUCUUUCCAAAUUAAUCAAAACUUGCCAUAUCAAUAUGGUAGAAAUUAGAUGCAAAUCUGAAGUAAAGUUCUUGUUAAUGGCUAAGACUCUUGAAUUCUCAAUCUUCACCUGCAAAAGAGCUAUGAAAAUUUGCACCCAACGAUUAUGCUUUUGUGGGUGGGAGUGAGAGGGGUUCAGCAAAACAAGUACAAAAUGGACAUGAAUACACAGAAGGGUCUUUGUCUUAACACAUUGUAGAAUCAAAUGUGGAGGAAAGAGCAGCAAGUAACAAGAGGACUUGAUGAAGAGGGGGAAUGGGGAAAGGUACUUAGAGGCUAGGCCACAGAGAGUUUACGUGAAUUAAACAUCAAGUAUGCAGUUGGAGGUCAUGCUAUAGAGUUUUGAGGGGGGAUGUCAUAAUGUUACUGGACUGUAAAGGUAUUUCCCAACUGCUGAGGUGUGGUACAAAGCGAACGUUAAGAGAACAAACUAGCAUCAUAUGAAACUGCAAAACAUUUCAACAUAAAGGAGGCUUUACCCUAACUAAAUUUUUAACUUUUUGAAAUGUGACUCCUCUGAUACAGAAGGAUGGAAUAAUUGUAAGGAAUUUUAAAUGCCACUGUCUGAUGGUGGGUUUACUACCUUUAAGAGUUGUAGUAUUUGCAGUGAGCCCUAACAUGUUCCAUGAAAGACACCUGAUAAGAAGUUACAUUUACCUGUAAUCUGAGAAAACUGUGGACAAUCAAUAUGACAUCUGUUCAUUUCAGCUUUUUAAGGAAAAGUUACCACAUAAUACAUGAAUUCAGCCAUCUAUAUAUUUCUUUGUUGCUGUCAUGAAGACUUCUACAGUUCCAUAAUUAGAUUUCCUCAGCUUCCAUAGAGGCAUAGCGCAUGGACACAGGCCCUUCAGCCCAACUUGCCCAUGCCUGUGCAAUGAAUUACCGUAAGUCUUAAUUACCAUGCCUGAAAAUCUCUUCUGAAACACUAUAGUAUGGCAUGGAAAUCAAUAGUAAAAUUAAAUGCAGUAAAGCAAAGUAAACCAUUAAAAACCUUAUGUAUGGGUUUUUAAUGAGUUAGAUUAAAAUAUUUAAUAAAUAUGCUAAAUAGUGAAAUUAAAGGCAGUUGGUAGAUUAAGCUAACAAGCAUGUGUGGUCAACCUCAGACCAAUGAAUUUUAAUCUUUAAACUGACUAGGCAUUGAGGUAACUGCUUGAUGGUGGUGAGAUGGUGUGCCAUGUGCAUUAGAAUCCUGAGGAAAACAAAAAUCUUAUUUUUCCUCUUGUUUCAAUCAUGACUCUUUUGGUUCUUUUUCAAGCAUUAAGAGUAUAGACCAGUCCUUAAUAGAGAGAUGUGCAUGAUAUUGAGAUGAUUGUAAGAGAAAACAAGGAAAUUGUAGAACUGCAGUUGUAUUGCAUUAUGGAAACAGUUAUCACACGGUAUGUAGGAGGUUUUAAAGAUGGCGAUAUUUGCCUUGUUAUUUCACUCAAUAUAAAUGCAUAACUUGCUAGGUCCCAUUUUGAUCCGAAUGUAGGAAUUAUUUUGUUACCAUGCAGCAAGCAAUAGUUGGACAUUGGUGGAGGAGAUCAUUUGAAUGCAUGUUCUUUCUGUGAAAGUUCAAACAUUUGUAAACAAUGACUUUUUAAAGCUAUUUUUCUAUUUUAACAAUGCUGUUUGUGCUACCUGUAUGAAAUCAACAUUUUGUAAGGUACAAAUUGCAUAGUAGAUGCUCACCUGAUAUAAAACAAACACUCUGAGUCUGAAUCAAUGCACAGAGUAGCACCGAAAGCAAAUGCUUAUAAUGCUAAUUAUAAUGCUAUAAUUACAGUUCUAUUUAGUCUGGAAAAAAAUGGGCUUCUUGAACAGUAAUGCAAGCACUUAUUUAAUUCUUAAUUAUUUUGCAGUUCUAAUUUGUAGUUACAGAUUCAGUUAAAAUGGCUCAAUCUUACAAGGUAUGCACCUGAUGCAUUCAAUUUUCAUAUGUCAUCCAAAGGAUAUUUUUUGAUCCAUGGCAUAUUCAGGGAAGUCUUAACUAUAAUGCAAGAAAAUGACACCUGAAUCAAACUGUAAUAUACCAUGGAAAGGGAAGCAGAAAUUUCAAAACUAUUUUAUUUAUUACAUUGGCAGGUUACUGUAAUUUUAACAAUUGUUAAAGUAAACUUGUUCCAACGAAUGCUAUUAUCUAUUUCUUAAAUAUGUCUUAGAUGUAACUGGAAUAAUUAAAGAAAAAAUGAACUUG